UUUGUCGAAAACAGCGUGUCAACAGCUGGUAAAGUAGCCCUUUUGGCAUAAGCUAGCUAAAGCCUAAAAUGACCAAAACCCUGUGCUAAACAUUAAACCAUUUCAUUUAAAGCUGGUCAUUGAACCAGAGCUGUUAUUACAAACACUGACACCUCACAUUAUCCCACUGUUGAAGUUGUUGUUUAUGAAAGAAUCAAACUAAUUUGGGGAUUAAACUCACUCAGAGGUAAAAAAAAAAAAAAAAUACCAGUAGGCGUGUAAUUUAACCGAGAUAAUCAUGGGUAUUUUCUGAAAACACUGAUACGGAACACAUAUAAAGCAAGGUAUAAGUGCAGGUCAAUGGCAACGCCAAAGACAUAUCGGACUGGCAACGAUGGAGCGGAUUAUGCUGUUAUGCCUGGUUUCCACCUUUCUCUGGGUCGGGCACGCUCAGAAAUUUGUGUUCAAUGCCAAAAAGGGCCCCAGUGGUUACAAAGAACGCCAGGAGCAGGAAGAUACAGCAAUGGAUGCAAUUAUCAAAGCUAAUGAGUUCCACGCAACCAGAAUCAUAGACGGGGUUACCACUCUCAGAGAGGGAGAUGUUGCUGUUUCCUCUGGAAGACCCUCCAAAGUCUGCUUUGCACGAAGUUGCCUCUGGUCUAAGUCAGUGGAUGGGCACGUCUACAUUGCAUACAAGCUCUCACCUGAGUACACUGAAGCAGAGGCAAAGAUUAUAAAGAAAGGGAUGGAGAACGUAGAAAAAGGUACCUGUGUGCGCUUUGUUCCUUGGACUCACCAGCGAGACUACAUCGACAUCCAGUCUAAGGCGGGGUGUUGGUCCUACCUUGGUGCACGUGGUGGAAGACAGACUGUAUCUCUGCAGAGUCCUGACUGCCUCCGUGUCGGAGUGAUUUCUCAUGAGUUCAUGCAUACGCUGGGUUUUGUGCAUGAGCAGUCCCGCUUUGACCGGGACAACUAUGUCACCAUCAUGUGGCCAAACAUUUGGAGAGACCGUUUGAGGAACUUUGAAAAAUUCAGGACCGAGACUCUGGACCUACCUUACGACUAUGGCUCAGUUUUGCACUUUGGAAAGUAUGCCUACUCCCAGGAUGGACAGCCAACCAUUGUUCCUAAAAAUGCCAAAGAAGUUAAGCUGGGUCAGGCAUUCGGUCUCAGCCGCAUUGACAAGAUGAAAAUCAACAAACUUUAUAAGUGUGGCGACAUUGACGACAACUAACCAGAACAAGUUGGCAUUACUGAGUAAUUAUAUACUGCUGUCAAAUAAUAGAAAUAGUUGAAAUAAAGUUUGAUUCAAGCUUACUGUGAGCACUCCUGUAUUAAUGCAGUCAUUUAAUAAUUAAAAAUACUGUUCAAGUUGACGGUUUGAGAAAUGAGUGAUGGUACAAACUUUUGACGUUAUAGAACAUGGGCUUUAGAGAGAAAGGGUUUGGAAUCAUAGAAAUAUAUGAUGAUUUAUGCUGAGUUUAUUAUUUUUCCAUGCAUACAGUAAUUUCAUGAAUAAGCGGGGAAUUGCACAUAAAAUAUGCAACAAUACUCAGAAAUUAUUUGAUGUAAGAAAUAAAAAUGUAUCAUGCAAGGAAUACUAAUAAUGGAAUUCAUAAAAUCAC